AUGCUCAUCGGAGCCGAAUACGGCCUUUCCUAUCUGACAGAGAUGGCAGACACCAUGAUCGCAAAGGGCGUCGAACCGGAUCUUGGAUAUCAAGACGCUGUUCUCUAUCUCGGAUUCGAAAAGGCUUAUGAACUUUCUGGCGACCAGAAGUAUCUGGACUGGUACAUCGGCCAGAUCGACGGUCCCGUUGUUCAAGAGGAUGGCACCAUCAAAGGUCUCAACACAUCGCGGUAUAUCCUUGAUGAGUACCGAAUGGGGCACAACUACCUAUAUCUUUACAAUCAAACCGGAGAGACGAAAUAUGAGACGGCCGCCAAUACGGUCAGACACAUGCUGGACUCUUAUCCUCGGACUCCUUCCGGGGGCUUCUGGCACCAGCAAUUCUUUCGCAAUCAAAUGUGGCUAGAUGGUAUCUAUAUGGCUGAUUCAUUCUAUGCCAGAUGGACGCAUCUCUAUGACGCAGAUAAUGAGACAGCCUGGGACGAUAUACUUCUACAGUACGAACUCAUACACGAGAACACCAUCAAUGAGACAACAGGCCUUCACGUGCACGGAUGGGUCGAAGGAACAGCAUCAUGGGCAGAUCCAGAAACUGGCCGAGCGCCCAAUGUAUGGGGACGUGCUCUUGGCUGGUACUUCAUGUCCCUCGUCGAAGUCCUGCAGUACUUCCCCACGUCACAUCCGGGGUAUGACCAGCUACUCGGGUACCUUGGAUCAGUCGCAAAGGGCCUCAAAGACUCCCGCGAUCCAGAUCUUGGCAGCUGGUGGCAAGUCAUGAAUGAACCUUACCCCGGACGCGAAGGCAACUUUAUGGAGAGCAGCGGCUCCUCCAUGUUUACGUGGGGUUUACUGAAAGCUGUUGAUUUGGGAUAUCUCGACUCAGAUGGCUUUCUCGAAACUGCUAAGUAUGCGUUCACAAGCUUGAUUGACAACUUUGUUACCGAAGGCGACGAUGGAUCAUUGGUGCUAAACAGCACGGUCGCUGAAUGUGGUUUGACUAGUUCAAAUGUCACGUUUGAAUACUACGUCAGCAGACCGAAGCUGGAGAAUGGGCAGAAUGGCGUAGGGCCGUUUAUGCUUGCUUCUUUUGAAUGGGAGUCAUGGGCAAAGGACGCAUGA